AUGGGACAAAUGCCUUUAAACAAUCCACCCAUGUUACCAAAUCUAAAUAUGCCUCCAGGACCAAUGAUUGGACCAAAUAUACAUGUUAAUCCAAAUUUUGCCAGAUUACGACCACAUGCAUUGCCGUUCGGAAAUCCUAUUAAUCAAUAUCCAAUGGGAUCAGGCCCCCCAAUGAACAUGAUGCCAUAUCAAGGACAAAUGGAAAUGCAUCCAUAUCAUCCUUCUAUGGCACCAAUGGGUGGCGGACGUGGUAGUAAUUCGUAUGGAGUUAGAGGCGGCAGUCCAGGUUUUAGUCAUCAUAAUUCGAUCUCCCCACCACGAAGACUACCAGUAAGUCAGCAGAAUAAUCAAAGGCCAAUUCAACCUUCUCCAAAACGUAAGGUUCCAAAUGACGGUUUUGACCAAAAAGAACCUGAUAGUAAAAAAAUUUCGGUUACAAACGGCAAAUCCUCCGCCUCAGAUGCAAAAUCUACAUCAUCUACACAAAAAAAUGCUGAAAAAAGUAAAGUAACUGGUACAACCGCGACAACAAAGGAUACUUCCAGCCCCGCUGCUAAGGCUUCGAAUUCUAAGCAAGGAACUUCUACGGCAGUUACCAGCAAAGCAGCUUCGGCGGCCACAAAGAAUAAGGUUGCUUCCGGUUCUACCUCAACAAAACAACCCCCUAAACCUGCGCAAAAGCCUACACCAAAAAGCACUGUUAGAAGUUUGCCUACAAAACCAUCCGUUGCAUCUUCAGAAACGUCUAAAUCAACUGCAUCACAUAGUUCUGCUGCUGGAGCGAACAAAUUGACGAUUGGUAAUGUUGCCGAAGGUGUCACUAAGCGUGAAAUUCAGGACUUAGCCAACAAAGUUCCCGGUGGAAUUUCGUCGAUCACGUUUGAUCGUUCGGCCCAAACUGCAGAAGUAGCGUUCAAGACCUCCGAAGGAGCAAAGUUAUUCAGAAGAAAGUAUAACAGAAGCGUCCUCGGCGGAUCCAAUAUUGUUAUAAACUUUUCUUGA